AUGACCUCAACUAUUUGCACGCAGGGUACAGGAAAACACCCCGAUCCACAACCCCCGAGGAGAGAGGCGUUGCCGCUUUCGGUCGUUUGCAACCGGAGCCUCACCUUCCAACUGUUUGAUCACCAGACUCCACAGGAAGAAAGAUGGACAGCACCAUCACUACCAUCGCUCGAUUUGAGAUUUGCUGCCGGCCGUGUUUGA